AUGGCGUCAUUGAGUGAGGAUCUGCUCGUGACUGUCAACAAACUACAAGAUCUUGUUUUCAAUACGAUUGGCAACGAUUCUCUCGAUUUACCUCAAAUUGUUGUGGUAGGCUCCCAAUCAUCUGGUAAAUCGUCUGUGCUCGAGAACAUUGUCGGAAGAGACUUCUUGCCGAGAGGGAGUGGUAUUGUUACUAGACGGCCUUUGAUCCUUCAACUCAUAAAUAUCCCUAGCGAGCGCCAUGACAAACCCGACAGCGAUGAAAUCCACGUGCCUCACACAGCUGCUAGUGUGGCUGGACAGCAUGAGUGGGGAGAGUUUCAUCAUAUUCCUGGUCGAAAGUUUGAAGACUUCGCUCUCGUGAAGCAAGAAAUCGAAGCCGAGACAGCGCGGAUAGCUGGAAGCAACAAAGGCAUCAACAGACAGCCGAUUAACCUGAAAAUAUUCUCGCCUCAUGUGCUCAAUCUUACUAUGGUUGACCUGCCGGGACUAACGAAGGUUCCUAUCGGGGAUCAGCCGUCAGAUAUCGAGAAGCAGACCCGAGCCUUAAUAUUGGAAUACAUCGCAAAGCCAAACAGUAUAAUUCUAGCGGUUUCCCCGGCCAAUGUUGACCUUGUGAACUCCGAAGCGCUCAAACUUGCCCGCCAGGUGGACCCCAUGGGCCGGAGAACCAUCGGGGUAUUGACGAAGUUGGACUUGAUGGACCAUGGCACCAACGCUAUGGAUAUCUUGUCUGGCCGUGUCUACCCUUUGAAACUUGGGUUCAUCGGAGUCGUCAAUCGAUCACAGCAAGAUAUUCAAUCCGGGAAGUCGCUGUCCGAUGCGUUGCAAGCUGAGGUAGAAUUCUUCCGACAUCACCCUGCUUACCGGAAUAUGGCCAAUCGGUGUGGGACACAGUACCUCGCGAAAACACUGAACACCACUUUGAUGGCUCACAUUCGUGAUCGCUUGCCUGACAUUAAAGCGCGUUUGAAUACUCUCAUGGGACAAACACAGCAGGAACUCGCCAGCUACGGUAAUAAACAAUUCAGCGGAAAGGAGCAUCGUGGGUCCCUGAUACUACAAUUGAUGACUCGUUUCGCCUCAUCCUUCAUAUCUUCAAUUGACGGGACUUCCUCUGAGAUUUCUACGAAGGAACUUUGCGGAGGGGCCAGAAUCUACUACAUCUUUAAUUCGGUAUUUGGCAAUUCACUUGAAACGAUCGACCCAAUCCACAAUCUAUCCGUGCCCGAUAUCAGAACCGCAAUCCGAAAUUCAACUGGACCUAGACCCAGUUUGUUUGUCCCAGAGCUUGCGUUCGAUUUGCUCGUGAAGCCCCAAAUCAAAAUGCUGGAAGCCCCUAGUCAGCGGUGUGUGGAGCUUGUCUACGAGGAGCUCAUCAAGAUUUGUCAUACCUGUGGCUCACAGGAACUUCUACGAUUCCCUCGCCUUCAAGGAAAACUCAUCGAAGUUGUUUCUGAUCUUCUCCGUGAACGCCUAGGGCCCUGCUCAGCAUACGUGGAAUCUCUGAUAUCCAUUCAAAGGGCCUACAUCAACACGAACCAUCCGAACUUUCUUGGAGCCGCAGCAGCGAUGUCUUCCAUAAUCCAAAACAAACAGGAAGAGGAACGUAGGGCUGCAUUGGCCGAGGAUAGAAAGAAAAGGGAGAAACGGCGGUUGAAGGAACUAGGAGGUCUUAAUGGCGGUUCAUCCGCAUCGCCGGAGGAUGAAGAGCAGCAACAGGUUGAUGGGAAAAUGCAAAGUGUCCCAUCCAAAAACCAGUCCUCAAGAGGGACAAGAAGCCAAUCUCCUCAUCUGAACAAGCCACAUGAAAGUGGUAUUGCCGCAACCUUGAAUGGUGUACACUCGAGCCCUCACGCCGUUUUUGGAGCUACUAACUCGACUCGUGAUUCCUUCCUCAAUUACUUCUUUGGCAAGGAUGGCACACAGUCUCCUAGUGCGAUUUCUCAGCCCCCGACCCAUAGCAAGCAACAUCACCAUCAAACGGACUCCAGCCACAUCCAAAACAUCCGACGUACCGAAAUACGCUCCCCAGUUAUGCCUCCAGAAGAUUUUGCACCUCUACCGGAAUACGGUGGUGAACCUCACUCGCUGGAGAAUUCCGAGCCGGCUCUUUCUGAUCGCGAACUCUUGGAGACUGAAUUGAUCCGCCGGCUGAUAUCUUCGUAUUUCAACAUCGUAAGAGAAACGAUUGCCGACCAGGUCCCAAAAGCUAUCAUGCAUCUUCUUGUCAAUCAUAGCAAGGAUGUAGUGCAAAACAGGCUAGUGAGUGAACUUUACAAGGAAGAUCUGUUUGGAGAAUUGCUUUACGAGGAUGACGGUAUCAAAGCGGAAAGGGAGAAGUGCGAAAAGCUUUUGGACACCUACAAGGAAGCAGCCAGAAUAGUGGGUGAAGUCUUGUAG